AAAAUUCGUCAAUGGUUUGUCUUUCUCAUCUGUAUCACCAGUGUAUGCCAGACAAUCGUAAUAGUGUUUUCUUGUUCGCGGCGUAUCUUUCUGAACAUAUCGGGAGUGGGAAAUAAGCAGAUUAGGAAUAUAUUGAUGUACCAAUGGCGCACGCUUGCAGGCGCCUACUGACCACGGCGUACCAUCGCUCGUGCCCUAAUUACAUAAACAAAUGUCUUUGGCCAAGACCACUGUGCUCUGCUUCCACGUCCGUUGACGCCACAGCCUCAAAGACCCGUGAGACAUGUACCAGUGGCCAAGCAUCCGCGUCAACCCUCAUAUCGGGGAAGGAUUUGCUGGUUGAUCUCAGAGAACGUGGUCUUUCGGUCAGCGAAUCAAAUGAGAUGCAGGAUCUGUUUGUCAGCGGGCAGCCAAUCACGGUGUACGGUGGUUUUGAUCCAACCGGUGACAGUUUGCACGUCGGUCACUUGCCGUUGCUACUGUCCCUGCUACGAUUCCACGAGGCUGGUCACAACAUCAUUGCGCUGGUUGGUGGUGCCACAGCCAUCGUUGGGGACCCGAGUGAUCAAGUUGCCGACCGCAGCCCCAUGGAAAGGGAGGUAAUAGUUAGCAACACCGAGUCUCUCAUGGCAUGGCUGGAGCAGUUUUUCGAGAAGAACCGGCAGAACCAGGCGGAAAUGAGAGUUGUGAAUAACCUCGACUGGUACAAGGAUAUGCCAGUGCUGGAGUUCUUCAGCAAGUAUGCGUCCGACGUCCGUGUCUCCACACUACUUGGCAGAGAAUUUGUACAGACUCGAUUGCAAGGUGGCGGACUCAACAUGAAAGAGUUUUCUUAUCAGAUGUUCCAAGGCACCGACUUUUUGCAAUUGCACAAGCUGUAUGGCUGCAACCUACAGAUUGGUGGUAGUGACCAAUGGCCGAAUAUUCUCAGUGGUGUUGACAUAAUCAAAAAGCAAUGCAGUGCCACUGUACAUGGCAUGACGUUACCAUUGAUCACAAACGCGAAUGGAACAAAGCUAAGCAAGAGUAGUGGCACUGCACCCUGGUUAAAUGAGGAGAAAACCACGCCAUUCCAACUCUAUCAGUUCUUUGUUGUGCUGGAGGAUUCCGUAAUGGACCAGUAUGUCAACCUCUUGUCCUUUCUGCCAGUAAAGGAGAUUCGGCGAAUAGCAAGAGAGAAUAGGAUUGAUAAAACUCCAUGGGUGCGCCAGACGCUGCUUGGCAAGGAAAUGAUCAACGUUGUACAUGGUGAACGCCAUUAUGAGGUUGCCCUUGCUGUGACACAAGUACUCUACGGCAGAUCAUGGACACCUGAAAUUGCUCAAACGCUUACUGAGGAGAUGCUGCAAGUGCUAUCAACUGAAUUGCCUUUCACCAAGCUGCCAGCAUCGUCGCUCAAAGAUGCUGACAUCGUAAAGCUCAUCAGCAAACUGAAACUGCUAAACAAGUCCAACCAAAAGUGGGAUAGCAGCAAGGUGUCACAAAUCGUGUCUGCACUACGCACUGGCGUAGUGUCCUGCAAUGCCCAAGUGCUCACAGAGGUCUCAGACCUGCAUGACAUUGACCUGUUGUGUGGGAAAUACUCACUCUUUAGACAUGGUAAAAAAUGUUACCACUUGGUUCUUUGGACUGAUGAGUGAGUGCUUACACAAGACCACCUGCAACACCUCAACAAAGUAUUUCAGGGAGUCCGCGUACACAUGCUGGUGAACCUCUGUCUAUUUCGGGGAAUGCAGAUGCUCUGCGCUCCGCGCCUCAAUGUGCAGUGCACUGAUGUCAGCUGCAGUUUGUGACAAGCGUGUAAUGGGUAUCUCCUUACAUGGUAUUACCGGUGAGAUACCACUACCACUGCUACACAGUAGUUGUACUACACUCCAGCAUACUACGAGUCAUGAUGGUCGUCACAGCCGGGUGCUGUAGGAUGCGGUGCUGCUUGUGCCACCGCCGUGACAGCAGCCUCGUUGAUCUAGCACACACACACAUGUGUUGAUGCCACACUGCAGUGGGCAGCAGUAUGCUGAACCUGGCUGCUUCCUUGCCUACUGACAGUGUCACUGGCUGCAACAGCAUAGCAUAGUAACUUUACUAUUUUUCAGUGAUAGUUCUAUGCAUAUACUACGCACACCUGUCCGUGUGCCACUCAGCAAAAUUUUCUCCAUGAACUUGUGGAAAUUCAACACUUCACAAAAUACCGGCAUUGCUUCAAGUCAGGCUGUGCCUGCAAAUUGCUGAG